GAAGUGCACAAGACUACAUCGUCAGUCCAAGAGGUGACUGAGCCCACCAAAGGAAGAAAGAUACCAGCCCAAAAACACAAGCUCUCCUCUGCCCUUCGGCUUUGAUUCUGGAAUUCCCUAAAAAACACGACUUUCCCGGUCGUUUCCCUCCCAUUUCCUCCGCAAAUCAAAAACCCAUCUAUGAUGCCGAGAGAAAAGAAAGGGAAAAACCCUAUGACCUCAAAGAAGAGAGUAGCGCAAACACCACCCAUCAGCAGCAAACAGCAAGAACAAUGGCAACCCAAUGGUCCUUGCAAAAUUCUACAACUUCAGCGGGCUUUGGUCUUGGACAUUCUCUCAAGGCUCACCAUCAACACCCUCUUCAACUGCAGGUGCGUUUGCAAAGCCUGGCUUUCUCUAAUCUCUGACCCUCAAUUUGCCCAUCUCUGCAUUUCAAGAUCACCCAUUGGCAUAUUGAUCAAGACCUUUCCCCCUAAAAGCAUAACUAGGAGACUUGACUUUGCCCAGAUAGAGGAAUCUGCUGAUUCUCGCUGGCGGCUCGAGAAAAUGAGGUUUACCCCAAAAACUAGCCUACCCAUUUCUGAAUUUAAUCUAAUGAACUCGUGCAAUGGUUUAAUUUGUUUGUCUGGACCCGAAAGAGGUGGCCUUUUGUAUGUGUGCAAUCCAGUUUUGGGUGAGUUCAUCACCAUUGAACGCUCUGGUAAGGGUAGGCCAUCUUUCAAUUGUGUUGGACUUGGUUUUAGCGUCGGAACCGGUGAGUAUAAGGUGUUGCAAUCUUUUCUUCAGUCGAGUGAACCGGUCACAAGUUACAACUAUGAGGCAGAGAUAUACACCAUUGGUACAGGAUUUUGGAGAAGCAUUGGAAAGGCUUCUGGGAGCCUUGGUCCUCAGUUACCCUUCAAUGCUUAUCUUCAUGGAGCUCUUCAUUGGAUUUCCUGUUUUAGGGAUGUUCCUGAGCUUAUAAAUUCUUUCAACUUUGAAACAGAACAAUUUCAGGCACUGCCCCCACCUAGCUACUUUGGACCACUACAGAAGCAAUUUUCAGACUGUUUGAAGUUGGGAGUGUGGGAAGGUUGCCUCGUUUUGUGUGUGUUUGGGGAUGAUUCUAGCAAAUUUGUCAUGUGGGUUAUGAAGGAUUAUGGUGUCCAAGAGUCUUGGGCUAAAACUUUUGUUAUUGAAAACUUGUAUCCAAGAGAACUUAGCUGUGAUUUGUAUGAACCGAUGCUGUUUUUGAGCAAUGGGGAAAUCGUAAUGUCCUACAAUGAUUGGGUUGUUGUUUGCUAUAAUCAGAAAAGGAUGAGUUUCAGGGAAACUAGAAUUACUCGGACUCGAUCUGAGUUUCAUGCAAUUGGUUACAGCCCAUGCUUUGUUUCACUCUAUGAUAUUUCAAAGGCAGAGGAGGUGAAAAGGGUGCAAGGCUCUAAGAAUUGUGACAAGUUGUCUGCCGAAGGGAGUUUUGAUUAUGCUGGCUCUGGGAUGCCACACCACAAGUCCACAAAACUGAACUCAGGCUAUGCCUGGCCUGCCUUUGAAGGAGGUCUUCUUAACUCCAUGAAUUCCUCUGCGACGACAAUCUCCUUUCAACCGGAUUUUACCGCAAUGGGGUUCCCAUGUGCUCGAUGCGGUGAGCACUUGGGCUAUGUUUUCAGAGGUAAGGGGUUCCCAUUGUGUCAACGAUGCUCCAACGCAGGUUCCUCCUGAUAAUUCUUCAGGAUAGCUCCGCUUCCAUAGACCAAAAUGCAAGAUGUAACUUUUUUUGGGUUAAAACCUUUUGUGAAUGUCGACGUGCCUAGUUAUAUACUUAUAAGUUUUUUUUUAAUUUAAUUUAAUUUAAUUUAAUUUUGUUGGC